AUGCUAGCUCACUCCAAAGGGCUGGUCCUUUUCGCAGAUGGCUGCGACAGAGCGACCGCGAGUUCAACUAGACUGCAUGCUCUUGACGUGAUUGCGGACAAGGGGGUCCUGGGAGUGAUGCCGUCCAGGCUUGCGGCAUGCAAGGGGCGGCUGUCAGAGCUGGAUGGUUUCGAAAGCAAGGGAGAGAAGGAAGUGAGUCUCAACGAACGGUACGGGGGGCUAAGGGACACCCUCCGGCUCGAUUGUGAACUCCUGGAGAAGCCUCCUGGUGCGGGGUUGAGCAGCCAUAAGCUUGGAGAACAGCUGGUGGACAAGGUGAGAAAGGCGCUGGACGGCUCGGCAGACCUACUCAUCCUACACCUGGAUGCGCGGGCGAUGGACGAGGGCCAGAAUGCGGAGCUGCAGACGGCGCAAUGCCUGCAGACCCUGGCGGUGGUGGCCAACAACGUGUGGGGAGAUGGGAAUAUCGACAUGCUGCAGUGCAUGAUGCUGGCGCACAGGCAGGAUCUGGGCUCUUUCACAUUCGGUUCGGACGGCAAGGAGCAGAAUGGUCACAUCCACUCGCUGCAAGACCAGCUGCGGAGCUUCCUCCGCCCCCCGCAGAGCUCGACGAUGCACAACGGCAGGGUGCUGAAUGAGGAGGAGGACGGGGUUGAGCAGAGGGUCAUUAUUUGCACCAACCAUCCGGAAGCGACAAGGAGGGACCACGUCAAAGCCUUUGACACCGAGCAGAUCUGCAAGCUCGGUGGCAAUGGAGGUUUCUUGGCUCAGCAUUGGUUGUCUGAGACUGCCUUUCUGCUGGGAAAGAUGCCGAAAUAUGGAGCAUGA